AUGAUCGCCCGGCUGCUCGGCGCAGCCUCUGUUGGUCUCUUCAGCGUCACCGCCUACUGGACCUACAGCACGCAGGCAAGCAAGCGCACACAGCUUGUGGUGCAGCCUGGCCGCUCUCUCGUCACGACUGCCACCGCUAAACCGUCGAUCGGGAGCGCAGGCAGCGACAGCAGCAGCCAGGGAUCUGUAAGAGGUGAUGCCGCGCUGGCGUUUCCUGUCGUGCUGCCGCCUCGCACGCCACCCGCCCAGGCCUCCACGCUCACCGCCGACUUCUUGCAGCAGUGCAACGAGGCAGCGGCGCACGGGCUGCCGUCCACUGCCGAGGUGCGCUGCUACGGCGGCUACCUCGCCAGCCUCAACUACGAGCGCCGCAUCCCAAACUGGGUGAUGGAGGUGGUUGACUACCGCAAGCUGCACCCCGGGCGCCGACCCUCCUCGCCGGCAGCCGCCGCCGCAAGCAGAGACGACGACGCCGCGCAGGAUGAAGAAGACGAGGGGAGCGACGGCAGCCGCGGUGGUGGCGACGUCUCGCGCAACCGCAGCAACUUCUACGCCGACGACACCGUCCCCGCAGCCUUCCGCGUCGGACCCAGCAGCUACACGUCACGCGGCAUGAGUCGCGGCCACCUCGCCGCCGCGCAGUUGCACAAGGCCUCGCAGGCGGAGAUGGAUGCGACCUUCAACAUGAACGCGAACAUCGUGCCGCAGGACAUGACGCUGAACGCAGUGGAUUGGCUGCGGCUGGAGGGCCUGACGCGCAAGCUGAGCAAGGAGGUAAGCGUCGGGCCGCAGCAGCAGCAGCCUGGUCGCGGCCGGCAACGCGGCCACAGCCCACCAGCAGGGAACACCACCACGGCGGAAGGCGCGGGUGGCAGUGGCAAGCUGUACGUCGUAACCGGCCCCGCGUUCGUCCCCCGACUCAUGCGUGUGGAGCACCGUCCGGACGGCACGGAGGUCCAUGUGCCGCUGUCCUCAGCAGACGCGAGCGCGGCGCCGUGGAAGAGCGCAGCUCCAGUGAAGCUGAUGAUGACGUACGAGCUCACCGGUCACCCCGCGCGUGGCACCCUCGUCGCUGUGCCGAGCCAUCUGUUCAAGGUGUUUCUGGCCGAGGAGAACGGCGGCCAGUCACACUCAGUGGCGGCGUUCAUGAUGCCCAACGGACCAAUCGUAGAGGAGCUGCCCCUCACCGCGUACCAGGUGCCGAUCGAGCAACUGCAGCGUAUCACAGGGCUUCAGUUUUUUCCAGGCAUGGACGUGACGCGCUUGCCUGACCUCUGCAAGGCGCACAAGUGCGACGCACGGCCGUCCGCGCUCUUCCAGCGGUACCGGCAGGUGGCCCAGCUGCGGGCGGCCGACAGCGUGCCUCAGCUGCAGCAGGCCUACGCGGCCCUGCAGGCCUCUGCGGCGGGCGGGAAGCUUGACGAGGCCGUCGUGCACGAGUUCCAGAACCGCAUGGAGGAGCUUGUCGCGGCGGCUGUGGGGCUGAUCGACCAGGCAGAGCGACGCUGA